GGGAAAGAAAAGCCAAAAGCAGGAAAGGCGCGCACAGGGCCGUGGAUGUGUAGCAGCGAGCAAGGCAGGCAGGCUGAGGCAGCAGCAUGAAAUGAUGGAAAGUAGAGAAAACAAGUCGCGGCUCGGGGGGGACCUGAGAAGCUGCUGAGGUCAGUCCAUCUCUGUCCGCCCGCCCGUCCGUCCGUCCGUCCGCCGGAUGAAGCACGAGGUGUAGAAGCAGAAGCAGGAGCGAGAAAAGGUGUCCGAGACUCCGAGGCCACGCUCGCUCGCUCGCUUGCUCUGGGGGACCCUGGGGAGGUGGCACGGGCCGGGCCUACAUGCAGCGAGGGCGGGCAGCGAGUGCAGGGACCAUGCGUACGAGCGACCGGAGAGAGAGCGUGCGCGGUAGUGCGCGUGGGAGCCGGCCGAAGAGCGAGUCGUAAAUUAGGCAAUGGGUAAAAUCCAAGCCCGACUCUCGCCUGCCCUUGUUUCGCCCACACCCUCUCUGGACAACAAUAACAUCCGAGUCACGCACUCAUGUCUUCUGCGCUGGCCCCUGGUCACGUGGAACGUGGACACCCAACUGUGCCCAAUCUAUUUCGCUCGCUCGCCCGCGGGACGGGACGGGGCUGGAACCUUGAGGGCGCGCUCGAGCCCACUUGACCGGACUUACUGCCUUGCUUCAUAAAGCGUGCGACAUGCCUCCGCCUGCCCGCCGGGGAAUCUCGGGAUCUUAUUACCCUCGUACCGACAACGGGUCACUACUACCACACCAGACGAGCGAUCUACUGCGUCCCGGGCCUAGGAGUCGACAACGUUCUCAUGCUUCACGCUUCCCGGGCUCCCAGGCAGGUGGCGGACUCCUUGGCGACAUCGACGACGCUAACACGUCCACUUGCACGAAUGUUCGUUAAUCCGACGCCACGUGUGGUGGCCACUCUGGGCGCUUCUUCCACACCUACAGUGUUCUUCCGAAACUACGGAGACCGGGAGCUUUCCGAAGGAAAACCAACGUCCAUACAUGCAGCUCCACAGCCCAUGCAUUCAUCACUCGUGGUAAUCGGGAACAAAAACUCCCGAUCAUGGCGGGGCCCAACCAGGGCUCCCGCGAAGGCACGGGCGUGGGGAGCCGAGCCGAGGCUCGGCUCAGGUCUGCUACGUGAUCACAGCGUGCGUGCGUGGAAGGUCGGCGCGCUGCUCUCUGGCCGGAAUACUUAUCCAAGAGAGAAGACAACCUCUGACUUUCACAAACGCGAAUCGUUUCUCGUGACACGUGUCCGACAGGACAAGCCACCUGUACUACGAACUCACGCUCGGCCUCAUAGUCCCCUGGGAGUUCUCGCAACCUUCUCUCCAGCUUGCCUGCCUGCCUGCCGGCCCCAUCUUCGCGGCCUCGCGCAAACGUGUGUCGAUCGCCUCUUGCUUUCCGAAGUCCUACUGACUGACGGCCGGAAAGUCUCGACCCCGCUCGACCGACCGGUUGUGCACGCAAGCGUGUGCCGGAAGCCUCUCCUGGGCCUGAAACACGUUAGUCGCGGAGAAAGAGCAGGAGAAGGAAGGUCGAGCACCGGACCCGGCUGCGGUCGCGGGGAGUCGUUGAAGGGGCGGGUGGUUCGUAGGCGGCUGCCGCCGCCUUCUUUGGAUAUAUUACAGUAUCAUAUGAUACAACCAAGGCCGACGAGCAGGAGCAGGAGCAGCAGCAGGAGGGUGAGGGAUGUCGGUUCACUCGGUUCUAGCUUGCUCUGGCCUCAUUUCACACAGGACAUGGCAAUGUCCUCGUCGUUCCGGAAGUGAUGGGUACGACCGAUGGACCCUGGGCCGGGUGCGGCGAGAUGUUCCAUGUGGUCCGGGAGAGGCGAAAUCUCAAAGAAAUGAUAAAUUCCAACCACUUGCGCGAAUCUUCCAUCAGGUUCCAUGUUGUUGGAAAAGACACGGAGAGGCCGAGGAGGGUGGAGUUCACCACGUACAAGAGGCUGGACCAUGUCGUGGGCUGAAGAGAGAUGAGAUGAGGUGCGACGGAGUGGACAGGUAAUGAAUUGAUCGAUCACGACAAGAGUGGACAGGGGAUUAAGCGAAGGCUCAGACAGGGACUGGAUUUGGAGAUGUUUACGGGUUUGACCCCCUCGAUGGAGUCAAAUUCGAAGCAGGCAAAGCUCCAAACUUCCGAACCCGAAAAGCCAAAGACAGGGUCAGUCUCCGUAAUAAAAUCCAGAAAUUAUCUGGUAGCACUUGAACCAAAACCCUGGAACAUCUGACUGCCUGCCUGCCUGCCUGCAUUACGGCCCCUUGGGCAGAUGAUCUCAUUCAUUUCCCUCGCUGAGCGUGGGAGGUCCAAAAGCGAAGAGGCAGAUAUUCCCCUUCAGAGUUUCGUCGAUAUUCUUUUUCCCAAAUUUCCCUCGCCACUCCAUUAAAUAAGAAAGGUGAUUCUCAGUCGGAAAACUGCGAUUUUAAUAUUGUGAGACGUCUAGACAGCGUCGGGGCGACUGUCCAUAUGAUUUGGUUGAAAGGCAAAGAGAUCCAAAGAGGCUUUCACGAGAAAGGCACCCCUCUCUUUCAUUCUCGAAUGCCAGGCCAGCCAGUCAUGCCAACUCCCCCGGGACGCCCCUCCCUCGCCUUUCACAACUCUCGCAGACCGAUGCUGGACUGACAGACUGCCGCUUGUGCUGCUGCUGCUGAUCCUCAUGCGAGUGCGCGAGGGGGUGAGGGAAAGAUGAGACAGUAGGCGGUUUAACGGGUAGGUAGAGGAGGAAAGCAGAGCGAGCGCGAGGCGAAUCAUUGGAGUGGUGAGUAUUUUUCAGUUGGAUGAUGUAAUCUACAAUCCCGAAUGAUGGUGAACGGAGAGAAUGGAACUUUUCACGGAAGCUACCUCCCCAUCGCCGCCCCACAGCUCCAGCCUAUCUGGCCCGUGCGCCGCUGACCUCGUGGAUAACCUGUGAUUCGGACAUGGAUGGGAGAAGCUGGGCCCCAUCAUGGAGUUCCCUGUCACCGUCUGUCACCUUUGCCCUGCCGAUCGAACCCCGUUCAGCACUUGUGCCUUUCGACGACUGGACCAGCGUCAUCUGCCCUCGCGUCUGCUUUUCUCUUGUGCCUCCCCUCCAUACAAGCUCAAACCGCAUCGCAGCUUUUCUCCGGCAGAGCCUGCCUGCCGUAUCCAGCAGUCGCAAACCGU